GGGAGCGAGCGAGAGAGGGAGACGGAGACGGACGCCAUCCCCGCGGAAGGCUCUAUAUUUGGCUUUUAGGUAUGUCAGAAAGCGAAGCAUUGGCAACGACGCAACAAAAGCAACAGCAGUUUCAGCACCAGCAUCAGCAACAGCUCGGGACGGCAUCGAUGGCGAACAUGGCGUGGCAAUAUCCGCAGAACAACAUGCAUCUUUACUCGCAUUACGCUGGGCAAAUGUACGGACAAAACUAUGCGCAUCAAAAUCAGAUGUAUUACCAGCAUUAUGGCAUGAUGGGUUAUGGACAAUACGGACAUGGACACAUUCCGCCACAAGGACCGCAGCAAAUGGUACAGCAGCAGAUGCAGAGUCAAUCGCAGCAGCCUCAACAGCAGCAGCAGCAGCAACAACAACAGCAGCAACAGCAGCAACAAAAGCAACAGCAGCAGCAAAAUAACCAAGGGAAGCAGCAGACGGAACAACCUCCGAUUCCACCCACUCCAAUGACCUUUGACGAUGAUUCUGACCUUCCACCUCUUCCUCCAGGACCCCCACCUCCACCCUCUCCGAUGCAAAACCAACUGCACAAACCUCAGCAGUCUCCUCACUCUCAACAGUCUCAGCACACGCAACAGUCAAUGCAUACUCAGCAAUCUCAGCAUGCUCAGCAGUAUGCUUACAAUUCUUAUCCCUAUGGUGGCUGGAACGGUGUUCAACAAUCAGAAUCUCCUCAUUUCAGUGGAAUCCGCUUUAAUCUACCCCACAAGAAGACGGGCCUCGGCUUCAGUGUGCCGUCUGGCAACAGUGGCGCUGCCAAAAAGAAGCGCAAGAGAAAUAAGAAUCUCGCGGCCCAGUGCAACUUUCAGGCGCCGCCGCCCAAUACCUCGGUGCCCCCGCCCAAUGUCUUUACCUCGGGCUCGACCGGUAAGCUCGAGCUGCCCCCGUUACCGCCACCCAUGCAGGUUGAGAAGCCCCCGACUCCCCCGCCCAUCGACGAGAUCAGCGUGCCCCCGGAACAGCCGCCGCCCCCACUACCAAAACUCCCACCCGUAAAUACGUUUCAACCACCGCCACUGCUCUCUCAAGCCUCGUUGAAGGCGUCGGUGUCAGUCGCGUCGGCGUCCAACAUAUCCGCGAUAAUGAAAAAAUCUAGUACCCCGAGCAUGAAUCCCAGUUUCGCGAAGGUCCAGGGCUCCUCCACGUCCUCCUCGUCCUCCUCCUCGUCCUCCUCCUCCUCCUCCUCCUCCUCCUCCUCCUCCUCCUCGUCCUCGUCGUCCAAUUCCUCCUCCAGCGCGAACCCCGUCGGCGACUGGCCCGACAGCCUCAAGAAUUACGUGAACCGCUGCUACGAGAAAUGCAAGACUGCCGUGGACAAGGACCAGGUGGAGAUCAUCCUCAAGGGUAAGAUAACGCGCUCGGCCAACGACGGCUCGCUCUGGCUUAAGGAUUGGGACCGCGAGCCCCUGCCGAGUAUCCACAGCGAGCGCAUGACAAUGACGUUGAAGCCGCAGUCGGUGACGGUGACGGUGACGCCUACCGGGCAACGCAAAUCCGGUCUGUCGAUGACUCUCGGGGCGAGGCUCGGCGCCCGGCUCUCCACGGGCUCGCCCCUCUCUAGCAGCAGCCCCACCUCCAUCGCCCACAGCAGGCGCUCAAAGUCGAAGAGCAGGUCGAGGUCGCGCUCGCAUUCGCCCUUGCCCAGGAAGUACAAGCGCAGCACCUCCUCCUCCUCGUCGAGCGAGCGGGACUACAAACACCUCGUCCCGGUGAGCGCAACCCCCGCCCACGGCCAGAAGAACAAAAAGCCCGGCCGAGGUGGCAACAACAAUAACAGCGGUGGCAGCGGCGGCUCUGCGCAGCCAAACAACAAGCAGAACAAGAAAAAUAAGAACAAGAACAAGAUCAACAACAAGGCCAACUGCCACUUUUACUCGGAGUUCGGUCUCGCCGGUGGCAACGUCGAGGAGUUCGGUACCAAGGAGAAGCUCCAGCAGAGGGCCGCGAGAUUCAGCGACGCUUUCACAAAGAGCGGCCAGAUCAGUGGCAUGAUCAAGGACGACCCCACCGCCGAAUUUGAUUUUACAGGACUGCAUAUCGUUGGCACUUGUCGGGAUCUCGAGAAACCCUACCUCCGGCUAACCUCGGCUCCAGCAGCGUCAGCGGUGCGGCCAGUCAGUGUACUUCAAAAGUCGUUGGUCCACGUGAAAAAGCGUUGGGUGACCGAGCAGGAUUACCGUUACGCGUGUGAUCAGUUAAAGUCGAUACGACAGGAUCUUACGGUGCAGGGUAUUAGGGACUCGUUCACAGUUCACGUAUACGAGACACACGCUCGCGUCGCACUCGAGCGCGGCGAUCACGAGGAGUUUAACCAGUGUCAAACCCAACUGAGAAUGCUAUACUCGGAGGUCGGCGGUGAUAAUCGCUGCGAGUUUGUCGCUUAUCGUAUACUGUAUUACAUCUUCACGAAGAAUACAUUAGAUUUGACGACAAUACUCGCAGCGCUUACGGAGAAAGACAAAGCGGACGAGUGCAUAAGUCACGCGUUAAAAGUCCGUUCAUCUUGGUGGUUAGGCAAUUUCCAUAGUUUCUUUAAACUUUACAAAACAGCUCCGAGAAUGGCAGCAUUCCUCAUGGACUGGUUCAUAGCCAGGGAGAGAAAGCUUGCUCUUAAACAAAUGAUUAAAGUUUAUCGGCAAAAUAUGGCGGUUGAUUUCAUCGUUGCGGAAUUGGCGUUUGAAUCAUUGGAGAAGUAUUAUGAAUUUGUCGCUGAGUUCGGAUUGGCUUAUGCUGAUUCUGAGCGUAAGCAACUCGACUGCAAGGCGAGCAGUUCUUCUGUAGGUGCUUGGUAAAGAGCGCGAGAGCAAGAGCCUGACAUUUGAAAAUGCAAUAUCAAAAUUCUUCCCCGUUCGUACUAUGAAAUCUCCUGUUCCUUCGGAUGAUUUCGAACGGAUAUCGAAAUGAUGUACGAGUAAGGCCACAAAUUCAUCGUUGCACGUACAUUUUAAUGUGACGUUAUUCCAAUUUCUCGUGACUAUUUGAAAGAGGUACAAGAGAGAACGCGAGACGACGUCGAGAAGGAAGUUUUUAGAUGAUUUAUCUAGAGAAAGAAGUCCCAACGGAUGAACAAUUUGUAAAAUGGUGGGUGAAAGGGAGAGAG